UAACGCAGUAAUUUAUCUCUCACUCUCAAACGUCAUUGUUGUUGAACGCGUUUUUUAUUCUAAUAAUAGCUGGAUGUGAUUCUGUUCAGUGUCUAUGGCAUAUGGUUCGGAUGACACGGUCUUUGGUGUGAAUCUGUGUUACUGAGUGGAGUGUGUGUGUGUGUGCUCUGAACACAUGAGUGUGUCUCUGGUUGUGAUCAGACUCGAGCUCGCUGAUCAGUCUGAUUCCCCGCGAGGCUUUCACUACUGCGCCGUUUCAGAGAUGUCAGAGGACGAGAUGAGAGAGACAGCGCUGGUCUCUGCUAGAGCGACGCUGGCCGGUAAAACAGAGCUGGAGCGAGCGGCCGUCCUCCACCAGCACCUGGGCAGCCGUGUCAUGAGCGACGUGGUGAUCGAGAGCUUCCAGCCCAGCGCAGGAGUUGAGGACGGUAGAGAAGAUCUGAAGUCCACAGAUGAUGGAGAUGGAGAAGCUAAAGAUCAAACAGAUGAGAGCAGGACUCCAGACUCUCCCUCCAAACAGCUGCCGGAUCAGAUCUCCUUCUUCAGCGGAAACCCGUCAGUGGAGAUCGUCCACGGCAUCAUGCACCUCUACAAAACUAAUAAGAUGACGUCGCUCACAGAGGAUGUGCGGCGCAGCGCGAUGCUGUGCAUCCUCACCGUACCCACCACCAUGACCAGCCACGACCUCAUGAAGUUCUUGGCUCCCUUCAACGACGUCAUGGAGCACAUGAAGAUCAUCCGGGACUCCACGCCCAAUCAGUACAUGGUGCUGGUCAAGUUCAGGAGUCAGGCCGAUGCCGACAGCUUCUACACAGCGUGCAACGGCCGUCAGUUCAACUCCAUUGAGGAUGCUGUCUGCCAGUUAGUCUAUGUGGAGAGAGCGGAAGUCAUCAAAUCUGAAGAGGGGGCCAGUUUACCUGUGAUGGAUCUGACGGAGCUGCCCAAGUGCACCGUGUGUUUGGAGCGCAUGGACGAGUCGGUCAACGGCGUGCUGACCACCCUGUGCAACCACAGCUUUCACAGCCAGUGUCUGCAGAGAUGGGAGGAUGCAAC